AGUCUGACGCUGGCAUCGUUGGCGUCUGGACCGGACGACAGACGCGUCGUUUCACGGCGUCGAUUUCGCGAGCGAAAAGUUUCACACCGAACGAAAGAUUGCGGAAAGUGAUCUUGUAAAUCUGAGUGUUACCGAACUUUCUUCAUUUCAGAAAACUUUCAAUGUAAUUCCGCAUUAACAUUUUUUUUAACCCCAAGUUAUGGUAUUUUUAAAUCAUACAUUUUUAAUGAAUCUAGCCUCGAUGGACGUAAUAAGAAAGAUGGGGAAAUUAUUAUUAUUGAACGAGGAGAUGAUACAUCUACUAAAACAACGGUAUAAAAUCAUGGCAAAGUAAAACCAUGAACGAAUCAGUUCUGCAGAGCGUAGUUGGUAAUUGGACAGAAUGCGCCUGGAACUCGAUGGACCCUGCUCACUUCCGGAAUAUUACAAGUAUAGUGGAACUGUGUGGUGGACUUCCCUCAGGACGAGUGUGCGGUUCAUCGUCAUUCUUAUGUGUCGAGUGCCCCUCAAAGGUCAUCAAGUUAAAUCAAAUUGUUUUUUACAAUUUAACCAAUUUGACGCGUCUCGAAUACGGUUCUUGUAAUUGUUCGAUGUGCGAUUCGGACAAUGUUACAGUUUACGACGCGGACGCGUACAAUACAUACGAUUGGAGCUUCCUCAUUGUCGUGGUGUUUAUCUUUGCGGGUGGUUUGGGGAAUAUUCUGGUUUGUCUUGCUGUACUGUUGGAUCGGCGGUUACAAAACUUUACCAAUUACUUCUUGCUAUCCCUGGCGAUUGCUGAUUUAUUGGUCAGUUUGUUUGUUAUGCCAAUGGGUGUUAUACCUGGAUUUUUACGGUAUUGGCCGUUUGGAGAAGUUUGGUGCAACAUCUACGUAACUUGCGAUGUUUUAGCCUGUUCAUCCUCAAUAAUGCACAUGUGUUUUAUAAGUCUGGACCGGUAUUUGGGUAUCCGUAAUCCUUUGAAAACCAGGCAUCGAUACACCAUACGAACCGUAGUACUCAGAAUCGCCUUGGUUUGGCUCCUUUCGAUGUUAGUUUCAAGUUCCAUCACAGUAUUAGGUAUAACAAACCCUAAAAAUAUCAUGCCAGAACCGGAGCAGUGUGUCAUCAACAACAGGCUGUUUUUUGUGUUCGGAUCGUUGGUCGCUUUUUACGUUCCGAUGGUGGUAAUGGUCGUAACCUAUGCCCUUACCGUACAAUUGUUAAGGAAGAAGGCUCGGUUCGCUGCCGAACAUCCAGAAGCCGAUCAAUUUCGACGACUCGGUGGUCGGUUUCCAUCGAAAACCGAUAGGUCAACUACUAUUGCCACUCAUCAUACAUUAUGGAGAACAGCAGGAGUAUCAGAUAGAGGUUCCAAUAAGAUGCGCAUCAGUAGUUCGCAUACACAAUUAUCGUACGUGAACGGAGGAAAUGCGGCUAACAGUACACCCGGUGGUGGUGGUGGUGGCGGCAUCGGUGGGGGACACCGGGAUAAAAGCACACAAACGCCGGAAAACAUAGCCAAAGAAACGAGGAACUUCCGGUUGCGCUCGCUCAAACUGCAAUUGAACAGCGUUCCAAGCAAUUUGAAUUUCAGAUUGUUAGCUGGGAGGGUUCGAAGAAAACAUAUAGCAGCUAACGCAGUUGCAACAGAACAAAAAGCUUCGAAAGUAUUAGGUUUAGUAUUUUUCACUUUUGUUUUAUGCUGGUCACCAUUUUUCAUAUUGAAUAUUAUCAAUGCUUCGUGCGGGAACGAGUGUAAGAUACCAAAUCACGUGGAGGUCUUCUGUUUAUGGUUGGGUUAUGUUAGUUCGACCAUCAAUCCGAUUAUUUACACGAUAUUUAACAGGACGUUUAGAGCUGCGUUUAUUCGAUUAUUACUAUGCAAGUGUCAAAGAUUAUCGAGACCGGUAAGGUACCGUUCAGUAAACGAAAACAGGAGCGCCGCCAGUUUGUGCACUCCGUCUGCCCUUCCGUUAGCUAUAAGUUUACAGGGAACGCCGCUGUUAACACCAUCAACCGAGUCUUCUUACGUUGUAACAAGAACACCUUCUUGUACUUUUAGAGAAACGUCGGAUUCUUACGACGAUCACGACUGUUAAUUUCCUUUUUGUAUAUGUUUUUUAUUUAAUUAAUUAAUUUUCUAAUUAAUUUAUUAUUUUUUUACGAAGCCAAAAAAGAACUUAUUCUAGUGAGAAAGACCUGUUACUUUGUAGGUAGUAUAUAAAAAUAGUAUUAUUUAUUUAUUUUUAAAUAUUUAAUAAAUUAUUAAGUAUUUAUUCCUACUCUAGCCAAGUCAGUAUCUGUUCUUCGUUCCAAUAAUUUAGUGGAACGAUAAUAAUUGUUUUCCUUUUACGAAUUUAAUGUACAAUUGACAAUCCCUGGAAUCAACUAAUUACCUAAGCGAAAACCCAAAGAUACCAAUCGAUACGUUGUUAUUAAAACGUGAAAUCAGUCAAAAUUAGAAUUAUACAUUUUUUCAUUUCAGGAAUCUCAUCAAUUUUAAAAAGUAACAACAUUUGUAUAAGUUGAAAAAUUGUUAUUUUCUUAUAAAUGAAAUAUAUUAUUUAUUACCGUAAUUUCUUGAUAGCACGCAACGUUGCACCAACAUGGAAACUGAUUGAACUCAUGCACGAGAUUAUCUUAAUGUAUUAAAUCAUAACAAUAAUCAAUUUUUAAAUCAUCACCUUUUGUAAUAUUUUUUUACUAAGUUAUCAGAUAAUCAAUCCGAUUUGUAAAUCUUUUGAGAUAAUAAAUCUUAUUUUGUAAGCACAAACUGAUAGAAUAACUUCCCUUCUUAAUCUAUUACGUGAAAAUAAUGGAAUUGGUUAGAACUAAUUGUAAGACUAGAAUCUUCAGGUUUUGCCCUGCAUCUAUUACAGCACUGUUUAACGUUCCAGAUUCCAUGUUGCAAAAUUCUUCAGAAAGUUUCGAAACUUAUUUCUGAAGAGGGUUGUAAUGGCAUACGCUAAACAGUUUUUGAAUAAAGCAUAAAAACCUCUGACUUAUAGAAAUGGAUAAUACCUUGAUAAACGCAUGUUGGCAAGCAGCUUCCAACACCAUAAAACCUUUUUGAUCACAACGUUCUCCUUAUCCAUCAUGUUCUCCACGUACUUGCUUUCAAGCUAAAUAAAGCUGGAUACUCAAAUUGCAACAAAAAUUUCGAAAAGCCAACAGUGUUGUAGUAACUAUAACUUCAUAAUUAAACGCAGUUUUGAAGACCUGAUUACUUAAAAUUCUAAAUCAUGCAGUUUUGAAAGAUUGAAUUUCCAAGGAACUGUUCGAAUCAGAUAACGAAGCUUUAGAUGUUGGAAUAAAUUUCGAGACUUCAUCAUCAAAGUUUUCGUGGUGUUCGUAACAUUAUUUUGAUUUUAAAGCACAACCUCAUUCCUUUAGUUUAGCCAAACUAAAGGAAUCUUGACAUUUUUCUUUUGCUUGACCACGUAGAAUAUGAGGAGCCAGUAUUGAACUUUAUUUCUUCUCAACAUAUUCUUACUUUUCCAUUUAUUGAAAUAUAGUAGAGUUACAAAUAAUUUUUGAGUUAGUCGGUUAGUGGUAUCUCGAAUUUUGUACCUAGCAAAAAAAUCCAAAUAGGCGAUGGUUAGGUUGGGUUGGACAAAAGUCCAAUUGUGUAUCAGCACUAAAAAGUUGGUGUUAUUAGCAAAAUUAGCAAAAUGACAGUAAAACUCUCAUUUUUUUGAAAUAAUUUCAUUUUUUGAUUAUGCAAAUACCAAGAACGUUUUUCCAUCAAUGUUUGGACAGGAUUUCUUGGUAAUUUGUUUUUAAUGGCUAACUGCCCACACAAAUGUACUUGGAUUUCCAACGAAGCGAUUUAAAUAACCUGUUGAGUCAUGUAAUCAUGCACAUCGACGUUUUAUCCCAUUCCAGCAUACAAGUUCGGCAAUAUAUUAACAAAGUAUUUCCUGAAAAGUGAACAUAUGACAUAAUGGACCAGUUGCUUGCAAGACUCCUUAGAAUUUUUUUUACACAAAUUGUUAAAAUCAAGUUUGUACGUUGGUGACGAAGUCGCAUGUUAAUAUGUUCCACAUACGAAACAAAUUUUUUAGACCGCUUUUCUCAAAAAAGAAAUUUUUGUGUGGGAAGAUGUUAGGCCAGAUAUGAGGAUAAAAUUAACUAGCUUUUGACCUGAUUUAGGAGCGGCUUUACAGCCACCAGAUAAACUCCCGUUAACUAAAUGGUUGGUAUAAAUCAAAUACGCAAUUCUUUUCAGUUUAAGAAUCGAUAUCUCAAUAACCAUUGAAUGAAAAGAAUUGUGGUAAAUUUUAUUAACUUUUUAUUGAGAUUUGUGAUUUUGGAAAUUUUUGAAUAUACGGUUAUCCAUCUCGUGAUAAAAUCGAUGCCAUCGAUGUUAAUGAAUCAAGUUAAACAACUCCAAAUUAAAAGUCAAUCAUGUCGAUUCGAGCGAAAUGCUUAAUGAAUAGUUAAGUACUGAACGUUUAUUUUUGGUGCCACAAUAUCGAUUUACCUUUAUACUUUUCAAUAGAACUUUAUUACCACUUAAUUGCAAAAAUAGCUUGAUUAUAAGAUUUAUAGAAACACGUUCAAAAAUGAUUACUAUUUGGAAUGGUUUCUGUUGGCACAAACUUACACACAUUCGUUAUUAAUAUUAUAAUUACUAUUAUUAUGACAGCGAAUUUAAAAAUACUUUUGUGAUCUAUAUUUAAAUAAUCUUCAUAUAUAUCAUUAAUAAAUAUAAAUCGUUGCUUCAAAUUUGGACUGAUUUCACGUUUUAACGAUAACGAACAUAAUUCAUCAAGCACAUUUGUGAUUUCCUUUUAACAAAAUAUAUUUUAAAGAAAUGUACCUACUUAGAUAUAUUUACUAUUAAAAAUGAAACGUCGUGUCGUAGUAUUUAGUUAAAAAAUAAUAACUUAUUGAUGGCCAAAAAAGAGAUUAUACAGCAAUAAUUACCUGAUAGUCAUAUAAUUCCAUAUGCAGUGUUUAGAUCAAGAGAAAUAUUUAAGGAAAAAGUGUUUACUUUUGUACCAUACCUCUCACAUACACACCACGUGUCUACGUGAAUAAUAAAGUUGUUCGUUAAGUUGUCUA